CCACUAUUUGCUAUGAUAAGCUCCAUGCAUCAUGAAAUUUGUUCUUGACAUUUUUAGUAUGUACUUUUUCUUAUGAUUUUUUCUCACCUUUGCGUUACCUGUUCACGCUCACAUGCGUGACGUAUACAACACUUUCCACCCUCUUGUAACAACAUGCAGUUGGCUUUCGUAGAGGUGUCGAUGGUGGGAGCCCAUGAUGCUGCUUCCUGUCUCCAUUGCGCUCAGAAUUUCCCCUUCUGCCCGCCCACUUUCAUUUAGUGCGGUGUAGUGGGCUGUUUCACUUCAGUCUGUCUGAAUCUCUUGGUAGUGUCUGUUCUGCUCAUGAGUCAAUGUAGCUUGUUACUUUGUCCUGUACACCCACGGUGCAAAACCUUAUUUUUUAACUGAUAAUCUAACCAAGAGGAGUGUAUCUUUUGGUCAUCACAACAAACCUAUGAAGGUGCUGAGUGGUCACGGCGUGUGCAAAUCGUUGACCUUAAACAGCAUGGACCUAAUCAGCAUGCAAGCUCCAGUUGUUCAUGCUGGACUUCCCCAUAGUCAGCAGCCUAGUCUGACCCACACCUCCCACACUGAAAACAUGAACCGAAAGCGCUGGAGAAGCGUUUUUCGUCGUGUUCAGAAAAAAAACAUGGAUUCCGCUCAUGCUUGCGUACAUCCAAAGCAGCCACUGUUUGGAAAGGCCCUCUCUGAUGUCUGCGAAAAAGAUGGAUCUCUUCCCAAACCAAUUAUGGAUGUCCUCACCUUGCUCCUGAAGAAGGGUCUGUACACCGAGGGAGUGUUCAGAACAGCAGGCAAUGCCAAAACUUUAAAAGAAAUCAAGGCUCAGCUCAAUGAUGGGAUGAAAGUGGACCUGAAAGGGCACAGAGUCGUUGUACUUGCUGAUCUUCUUAAGGAUUUUCUAAGACAUCUUCCUGGUAGUUUGUUAAUAGUGGAGCAGUACAAAUCCUGGAUGAAUGCAAUGGAAAAGGAAGACAUGGAUCAGAAAUGUGCAGAAAUUCAAAUGGUGAUCAACAAGCUUCCUGAUCCAAAUGUUCAACUUUUAAAGCAUCUGGUUGUUCUACUAUACCGCAUAAGUGAGAACUCGGAUACAAACAAGAUGGAUUCCAGCAAUCUGGCUGUUUGCAUUUCACCCAACCUGCUCCAAACAGACAACUUGGAAGAGAUGACAGAGGUGAGGACCCUGACGAAGUUCCUCAUUGACAACUGUUGUAGAAUAUUUGGUGAGGAUGCGCUGAACCUCUAUGGAGACUCUGAUGAAGAUGAACUCAGUGAUAACCAAGAUUCUUUUUCUUCAAACCACCAUGACUCUGCCUACGACAGUAAUGACACUGAUGUUGAUGGCUACAAGGGGAGUUGUUCAGACAUGGAGUCUAUCAAACCUGUUGUUGAAGGGGAAGCCCAGGAACAUUCCAGUGCUGUAGAGCCAUGGACUACAAAACUUUUAACCCGCAGACGUUCAGAACCAACAAUUAUGUUCAACAAGGGUGUUCGACAGAACCUUCCCCUCACCAGGAGUCAUACAGAAAUGGACUUUCAGGACAAACUAGUAACAAAGCAGAUCUCUGAUGACUGCAUUCUGUUUCAAUCCGGUAACAGCUUGGAAAAGAGCUAUGGUUUGGCACCUAAAUGUAGGGUCCGGCAAACUUCCAAAGACUGUUCCUCAAGUUCACUGGAGAGUUGCUUCUCCAGCGCCUCAGAAAGCUCGAUCCACAACAGCCCACCUAUCCCAUCUCUAUCCAAUCAGCGAAGACUGCUUCAACGCAAACACUCCUUUCCCACUCGCCAAUCCACGCUUGCACAGAAUCGCCUGGAGAUGCCCAAAAGACGCACGCAGUCAAUGAAGGGCGCACACAUCAGAAGCAGGACCGUUUUUGGGCGAAGUGGCUCGACCAAACGUGCCAUCGAGAGAACCUUACGCCAUAGCCAGACUCUACCUGAGGUACUUAAUCCUCAACCAGAGCCAUCCGCCUCCAGUAAUACGAGGUGCUUGUCUAGUGAGGAGGUUUUCCAGCAGGUGGACAGUAGGAUACCUAGUAAUCCUCCAAGUUAUCAGCAGGCCAUUCAAGACAAUUCCCAUGCUGUUCUCUCGAACCGUGGCUCAUUGACUGUUCAGGAUGCCAGGUGUCUAUCAAAGAAAGCACAUAGCAGUUCCACAUCCACAAGUAAUGAGACACUGGAUUCAUCUUGUGGUGAUGAACAUUAUGAUACCCACAACAGAGACAUUAAAGACACAUGUUGUGAAACCAUGAGUGAAGUCUCAUCAGGGUUAAGACCGAGAUCCACAUCUGAACCUAUGUAUGAAACAUCGCUACCAGAGUGGUGUAAUCAGGAUGAUCUCAGAGAGACAUAUAUUUGAUGUGCGGUUUAUUCCUGUUAUUUUUGCUUCAUUUUUGUGGAGACAGUAUUUGUAAAUAUGACAGAUGUUUUGUGGUGCAGCAAUAUUGCAUAUCAGGAAUUAGCUUGUUGCAGAUUCAAGCACAUUGUUGAAAUGCUGAAUUCUUUUGUGGCAAUGUUUUAAUGCCCUGUAUAUUUUGAUUCCACGGCAAGAAAAAUAUUCUUGAAAGGCACUUUAAGGGAAAUGUCACUACAAUUUUUGUGCAAUCUUUAAAAGACAUGUAACAUGUAAAUAUUAUGCAAUAUGUCUCCUAAUGAAAUAAAGACUUUUAUUUCACAUUUA